AUGGACUUCCAGCAUCGCCCCGGGGGCAAGACCGGGAGCGGGGGCGUGGCCUCCUCCUCCGAGAGCAACCGUGACCGCAGGGAGCGCCUCCGGCAGCUGGCCCUAGAGACCAUCGACAUCAACAAGGUGGGCCGGCCACCGUCAGGGGGCCCGUGGCCUUGGUGCCUGUGUGUGGAGGGGCCCCAGCACCACGUCCAUCCUACCUGCAGGGCCCGGCGAGCCGCCAAGGAGGCCAAGGAGGCCCCUGCCCAGCCCGCACCUGAGAAGGUCAAGGUGGAGGUGAAGAAGUUUGUGAAGAUCGGCCGCCCAGGCUACAAAGUGACCAAGCAGAGGGACUCGGAGAUGGGCCAGCAGAGCCUCCUCUUCCAGAUCGACUACCCUGAGAUCGCCGAGGGCAUCAUGCCACGCCACCGCUUCAUGUCUGCGUACGAGCAGAGGAUUGAGCCUCCGGACCGGCGCUGGCAGUACCUGCUCAUGGCCGCUGAGCCCUAUGAAACCAUCGCCUUCAAGGUGCCGAGCAGAGAGAUUGACAAGGCGGAGGGCAAGUUCUGGACACACUGGAACCGGGAGACCAAGCAGUUCUUCCUCCAGUUCCACUUUAAGAUGGAGAAGCCCCCGGCUCCGCCCAGCCUCCCCGCCGGCCCCCCUGGGGUGAAGCGGCCUCCACCCCCGCUGAUGAAUGGUCUGCCCCCUCGGCCACCGCUGCCCGAGUCUUUGCCACCACCACCACCAGGAGGCCUACCUCUGCCACCCAUGCCCCCCACGGGGCCUGCACCCUCAGGGCCCCCGGGACCACCCCAGCUACCCCCGCCAGCUCCAGGGGUCCACCCCCGGCUGGGGGCCUGGCUGCGGGACCCUGGGGGGCAGCGCCUGGUGGUCCUGCACCUGGAGGAAGUGACCUGGGAGCCCACACCUUCGCUGAGGUUCCAGGAGCCCCCGCAUGGAGUAGCCGACCCCCCGGAGCUGGCGCUGCUGGUGCUGUACCCUGGGCCUGGGCCUGGCCCUGAGGUCACUGUGACGAGGGCUGGGCUGCCGGGUGCCCAGCUGCUCAUCAGCCUGUCGGAGGAGCGCAUCAGCGCGCACCACGUGCCCAACAUGGUGGCCACCGAGUGUGGCUGUCGGUGA